AUGAUGAUAUCGGAUAAUGGUAUAUCGGAAGAGGGCGCCAAAGCUUUUGCAGAAGCACUGAAACUAAAUUCAGCAUUAACAAGUGUCAAUAUUGUAAGCUGCUAUAUAUCGGAAAAAGGUGGCAAAGCAUUUGCAGAAGCAUUAAGAGUAAAUUCAAGGUUAACAAGUCCGGAUGUUAGUGGAAACGGUAUACGGAAAGAAGGGGUUGAAGCCAUUGCAGAAGCACUGAAAAUAGAUUCAACAUUAACAAGUCUCAAUAUUGGAAACAACAGUAUAUCGAAAGAUGGUGCUAAAGCCAUUGGAGAAGCACUGACAAUAAAUUCAGCAUUAACAAGUCUGGAUAUGGGUUAUAGCAGUAUAUCGGAAGAGGACGCAAAAAGCCCUUGCAGAAGGAUUAAAAAUGAAUUCAACGUUAACAAGUCUCGCUAUUAG